AAAGUAAAUGGAAAAUAUCAGUAGAUAUACAGUAAAUCUGAUAAUUGCGGUAGCGUUGGUUGCGAUCCAUGCUUGUCGACCAAUCAACAUGCAGUCGGGCUCAAGGCGUAGCGCGCGCAACGCGCUUGCGCAUGUGUUUAAUAUUGUUAAUUGAUGUGUUUUGACCGUUGGCGAUACAAAUCAAAAUAUUGUAUAAUUGAAUAAGUUAUUAAUUAUUCAGUCCACAUAAUUAUAUCGUACGCGUUUAAUACAUUAAAAUCCAUACACAUUAUAUACUAUAUACUUUUUUUUACUUAAAAAAAAAUAAUUUCAUAAAACUCUUUAAGGGGUCGAUACUAGAUGUUUCGAGUAGGCUACAGAUAAAAAACAUUGUGUUUAGUAUUGCCAGAUGUGAUUGUUUAUAAAUGUUGUGAGUGGUGACGAUCUUAUGGGGCAAUGUGUGUCCCGGGAUUAUCCGGGCCCUUAUGGAUUUACGCGUCAUUAUGACGCAGAGAGUCUCGCAAGCAUUUACAAUGGUUCCACAAAGAAGGGUCACUCCGAGUCGAAAGGGGCUAAGAAGCGAGACAAGAGUGUGAGCAAUGGCAACAAACAAACAAGAGGUGUCGCCACUUCCUUUGGUUUUAGGCGACGCCCGGCUAGCACAUCAAGAGCCGAAGAUAACGCUAGAAAGAAGAAGUCACAUGAUAGAAAUGGGAAUGGAGGUUCUACAGAAGAGCUGCGAGCCGAAGAAGUCCUGUCCGGUCGUUCGACGCCCCUCGCUCGGCCGCGGAAGGAGACAUCGGGGCAACCACUCAGAACUAAUCGGUUCGGUUUCAGGCAACAGCACAACAAGACAGCUAAGGUUUCCGACAUGAGUGUGGCCGCGGAGCAAGCCUUCGCACCACCUAAAGAUAAGGAAACCGCUAAUAAUAAUAAUACAUUAGAUAAGAAAAGUACAAAUAUAUCAUACAACAAUCCCCUCCUCUCCACUCAAGUUACUGGAAAUUGUGUGACUAACAUAGUUGGUGCAGCUGGCCUGCCUAAACCUGUUACAAAACAAACUGUCAUAUUGACUUACCAAGCACAACAGUAUCCACAAGAUGGCAGAAAACCACCGAAAAUGGAACCACCAAGUAUCCGCAGUGCACCCGCGGCGCGGCAGCCUGCUUUCGACGCUCAGAAACCUCCAGGAAAAUACACUUUCCAAACAAACCAACUACCACGGCCUCAGUUUCCCGCAGUGAAAACCAUAGACGCUAAAACUACUAAACAGGUGGUUAAUAAUAAUAGGAAAACGAAUUCGGAUGGAUGGCGAGAAGGCGCAGGUUCCGCAGUAUCCAGUGACUCCGGUGUGUGGACAGGGUGUGAGGAAGGGGAAUUGUCUCCCCGAUCACGCCGCAGACCGCGCAACUUGGAGAUGGUUAUGCGAGGCUCCCAUAACUUCCACCUCAGAGAGCUUCAAGUCGCCGAUCUGGAUAUUAUGGAUGAUGCAGUUGUCACUGGUCACACAGUAAUUCCCCUACCAAAACUUCCCAGUUCCUUCACAGAAUCUCCAGAAGUAGAACCUGUCCCUUUCAUCCCAUCCCCACCAUCCCCACAAGCCCCGAAACCCACUCCAGUUAAAGAGCCCCAGAGCUCUCCCAUGUCCACCCUAGAUAGAUAUAGAACAAGGACUAGGCCUUCCAGAAUCCAGAUGGACUCCAAGAAUGAAGAGAAGUUUGUCUUGGAUAGAACACAGCCUGAAAUGUUGAACAAGCAGACAUCAUUCACAAAGCCAUCAAGCGGUGUGGCCUCACCAACAGCAGAUUCAUCCAAAGAGUCAAGUCCAUCCUGCAAGAGUGAAGAGAGUCACUUCGGCAACAGCAGCGCAUGGCAGAGCCACGCUGCUGGUGAAGCUAUGGCUAAUAGAUCUCAAGACGACGUGUCCCUUGCUCUCAGCGUGUCGAGUUGUGAAGAUGAUAAGUCCAAAUUCGAGUUGAAGGAGCCGAAGCUCGAACCGGAGCCAGAGGUGCCAAAGAAGACAAUCGUCAUCAUGGAUGAGCCCCCUCACCCGUUGCUCAUGAAGUCACUUACGUUAAGCCAACACGAGGCACUGCGGACUUCUAUGAUGGGUUCAAUGACAAGUUCAAACUACAGUACAACAAGCACUUGCACAAACCAAAGCAACCACAACACGUUGACCCUCACCCUCGAAGAGGCCAAGUUCGACAUGUCCGCCUUAGAAGCCUCAACUCAAAGCCUUCUGGACGACGAGACGUCACCGGCCGAUUCCCUCAUCUCCUCCACCAGCACCAGUGACUCGAAUAACGAUCUGCACUGCACAGAGGCGCCAUCUAUAUCCAGUGCCUAUCAAACGGCGAAUACAAAGACGAAAUCGGAACAAAUUGUGGAAGACGAUCUUGAUGGUGAAGUUUUGACUGCUGUUAAGGAAUUGAGUGAACAUAGUUCGUCGGAUAGUAAGGACGAUACUCCCCCCUCCCCUGGAACUCCCACGCACGCGUCGGGGUCUCUAUCUCUGUCUGACGGCAGGGACUUCUUUGAUGAUGAAAUUGCUGACCAACCUGGUCUGCUUUUUAGAAAAAAUAAUUACGGCAGCCCAUCAGUUAAGAGAGCAGAUUCAGACGUUGGCAAACAGUUAAGAAGAUCGAGAGAUCACAUAACAUCAAGUCCUCUCACACGAAGAAGUCAAAAGGUAAAUGGAAUCCGUAACCCCAACGAGCGCACAGCAUCCCUGGACACGUUAUCCAGCCUCGCAUCCGAUGAUCUGAUGAUGGACAAUGAUCUUGCGCAAUCCAUCACGAGUCUUCAAAGUGUGGAUGAUUAUAUUGAGAGGUUGGACAGUUCUCUUCGUAGCGGUCUCAACUCCUUAGACGAAAAACAGCUGAGGCAGGAGUUGUCAUCUUCCAAGAACGCAAUACGUCAGUGGAGCCAACUGCUGGAGAAAAAUAACUUCCUGGACCGACAGUUGGCAGCCAUGGCCCAGGGGAAGUCCACGGAAUCGCUCGUUGGCAGCACAAGCAGUCUCACUAAUAUUGGGGCCAGUCUACCAGUCAGAAGCGCGCGUCUUCUCCAACGCUCACGAACGCAAACACCAUCAGAUGGCGCCAGCGAUGGCAGCACUUCACCAGCACCAGCGCCAUCAACGCUUCUUCAAGACGUCGUCGACAUCAAGACACUGCUUCUGCAGCUCAAACGGGUCUUACAGGAGCCGGGGGAGGAGCAUCAUACGAUGAGUAGCGAAACUCUCGACCCGUUGCUGGCGGCGUGCGCGGAGAGCCCCGCGCGCGCCAACGGGCGCCGCCCCCCCGCCUCGCCGCUACACCCCGACGCCUGCGCAGAGAUGCGGCGACAGAUCGUCUAUCUGCAGAGUCAGUUAGAGGAGCGUGACCGCCUGGUUCGCGUGUUGCAGCAGCAGAUGCUGCGGAUGGCUGAGAGCCAUGACGCACGGCCAGACGACACGUGCAAUGUUGCUACGCAGACUGACAGGUUGCGGCCCCCAAUGAGUACGACGCUAACCAGUUCUGAAAAUUCCGGAUUAGUGAGUUGGAAUGAACAAGGGAACGGGAGAAAGCUGCCGUCUUAUAGUGAAGCACAAAAGACAAAGAGACCUGUUACCAACGGGGUAGUGAAAUGUCAGUGCGGUGCGAGAAAAGUGAACGGACUUGACGACACACAGACAGACAGACUUGACACGGUACACUUAAAACCUAACAGCCGCGUCGGUACCAAAUACCUCCAAGCCGUGACCAACACGGAGAACAGACGGUACAUCAAAAGGGACUCAUCUCUCAACGAAAAGUCCGACCGUAAAAACCUAUACACGAACAGAUCUAGGUCCAUAGAAAAUUUCCAAAAUCAAAACUUUUCCACAGUUGAACUAAAACCGACGGUGAUCGAAGAGACGGGUAUCAAACAUCACACGUCAUAUAGCGAUCUCUAUAACGGCAGAAUUAGUAGUAGGGAAAGCGUUAACAGACACAGUCCAAGUCUCAACGGUCAAUCCACAGACACGGACUACAGCUCCGAUGGUGGAUACAAGUCUCUUCCUUCAUCCAUUAACUACGGUUCCCCUAAAAAAGUUAGCGGCAUACCCAGGAGAUCGCUCGAACAAAAGUUUAUAUCGACAAAGCAGGUUAGAGCCAGCGCCGUUUGAUUCGCUUCCUGUCAAUUUUUUGCAGCUUUUUGUUUGACUGUUGAAAUGGCAGUUGUCACUGUCAGUUUUGGUACAUUGAAAUUAAAGAUACGGUAUUUUGACAAUAAAUGUGUUUCUGUCAAUUUUAAAUUUGAAACUAUGAAUUUUGUUUUGGUUAACUUUCUGGAAAAGUUUGAGCAGUGGCAACUCAGGGAAUGCAUAUCAAGGGUCGCUGUCACAAUUAAGUGCUCAUGCGCAUUUACAAUUCCUCGCGACGCUAAUAUUAGUUACUUGGAUGCCAAAUACUUUAAUCUGCUUAUGCAAUUAUCGGGGUUAUUUUAAAAAUUUGUUUCUACAAAACCGUAGACCAGAAAUAUUAGUAUUAUUACAAAGUUUGGUAAGUUGCGAAAAUGAUUACUGUAAUCUGUGACGGUACCUGACACGUCCUCUGAUCAAUAGCUUUAAUGACAUUUGACGUUAAAUUUAGUUACGUUGAUGAUGUUUAAAACUAAUCAAGACUAAAUUAAUGCAACUAAAUUAAUGAAUCAAUAGUUUAUGUAAAAAAAUAUUUCAAUUAAAAUAACACAAGAUCCGGAUUUUUAAAAUAACCCAAAUGACAUGAAAUGCGUUGUUUCAAGCAAUUUUAUCAUUGACACCUGUAUAUUAUAGGAUAGUACUGGAAACUAUUUUUCGUAGUUAUUAAUUUAUGCGAUAGAUAUCAUCUUAGAUUUUCUAUGAUAGACAAAGUAGAUAAUAAAGCUAUGUGAUAAGAG